AUGCCUGGAGGCUUUCACCCUCCCCCCGCGGUCAUGGCCACUUGGCCAACGCCGAAUUAUAUCAACCCGCAGGAAAAGGGCCCCGGGGUAGUCAUCGCGGCUGCCGUCCUGGGCUUUGUGAUGUUGGUGAUUGUUGGCCUCCGGUUAUGGGUGCGCUUUGGGUUACAGCGUGAACCUGGCCUGGACGAUUAUAUCAUUGCAGUCGCUUUGUUGCCUGCGAUUGGUUUGGCCAUUGUGAUGGGCAUAAUAAGCCCUCUACACGGAUGGUAUCGGCAUAUCUGGGAUACUCCUCCGACGAGUUUUGUUGGUAUCAUAAAGCUGAACUGGAUCGCACAAGUAUUUUUCCUGUUCGCCAAUAUUUUGACAAAAAUAUCUAUCCUGGUGCUGUACUUGCGUGUGAUCAAAGGCACCGCAAACAAGAUCUUUCUGAAUGUGGUCAGGGUCGCGAUCGGCAUCCUUGUGGCCUAUGCAACCUCUGGAAUUGUUUUGCUGUGCUUGCAGUGCCAGCCUCUUGAUUCAUACUGGGAACAGUUCAAUUUCUUCAACCCGCCCAAGAACUUCACCUGCUGGGAUGAAGGGAUUCUGCCGCUAUACGCUGUGAUAUUCAAUGUCUUCACGGAUUUGAUGGUGACAUGCCUUCCCAUGUUCCUCUUUGUCCAAUUGAAGAUGCCCUUCCGAGAGAAGAUGUCGCUUGCAGCUGUGUUUGGCGUGGGUUUCAUCGUCUGCAUUUCCGGCGCCAUACGAAUAUAUUACUACUAUUCGGUGUUCUAUAGCACCUACGAUAUCACCUGGAUUGCGUAUGAUGUCUGGAUGUGGACGGUGGUUGAAUGUUUUCUUGGGAUCAUCUGCGCGUCCAUCCCGCCUCUCCGGCCGCUCUUCAAGCGCUUCCUCAAAGGCACCCGGUACGGCAGCGGCUAUCCAAACAACAGCUACUCCGCCCGCAGCAAGAAUAUCACGGACACCGGCGACCCGGAGAACCAGCCGCAUUCCUAUCGACUCCACCACAACCCUCGCCGUGCCCGUUCCACCGAGUGGGACAAGGAUAGCAACUCCAGCUCGAUACCGCUCGAACGGAAUCCCCGGGAUGGCAUUAUGAGGACGGAUAAUUUUGAAAUUACGUAUAAUCAGGGCUUGAAGCCUCAUGAGACCCGUGCGGCGGUCUGA